GAAACCCGCCAAAACUUGCACAAAGCGAAAGGCAAAAGGAAACGCGAGCCAUCACUCUUGUCUUGCUGCGUCAUCACCUCGCACGAUGGGGCCGCGCACUACCCGCGCGACCGCGGCAGCCAAACGGCGUGCUGCUAGCAAAAUGGUGCCGUCUACACGUGCUUCCCACCGCCAAAAAGCUGCAGAGGGAGAAGAGUUCAAAGCGGAGGACCCAGACUCGGACCACGUGCUGGAACAACAGACUCAGAAUCAGACGCCACAGAGAACCCAAACCAGACGUGCCACUGCCUCGGACGAGGUGUUUUCUGGCAACUAUUUAGCGCAAGCAGGACGCAACUCGUCCACACUGAGCAAAAAACUGAAAGAAAUGUUGCAAGCACUGCAAAACACAUCAAGCAAACUGCAACAAUGCGAAGACGGAGUGGUGGAUGUUCAUGCAACACGCAAGCUGCAACUCGUGGCGGCCGAGCUACUGCAGAACAAGCUACUGCAACACCAGGACAAACUCGCCCGAUCCCUUGUUGCCUGUUGCCUGGUGGAAAUCAUGCGCGUAGCAUCCCCGGACUCGCCUUUUAGCUCCGAUGAGGACCUCUAUCGGGUCUUUAAACUUCUUAUCGAGCAGAUCCGAGCUCUAUCCACAGAACAAACCACGACGACGAGAGAUUUGCACCAUUUCCACGUGCUGGAGAGUCUGGCAACAGUGAAAUCCUGUCUAUUGGUGGUCGAUUUGGACUUUACCACCGAAGAAAACGAGCCGAGAGUGAUGGUCGAAUUGUUCGAAGCGCUUUUUGCCACUCUUCGCGCAGACCACUCGGCCAAAAUGGAAAACCUGAUGCUCAGUAUCAUGGUGGCGUGUGUCGAAGAGAGCGACGAGGUGGAAUUGCCACUUCUGGAUGUAAUUUUGCGGCCACUGGUGAAUGCGGCAACUUCUGAUGAGAAUGAUGGUCAGAAUACUGCAACAAGUCCAUCACAUAUGGCAAAGGAACUGAUUCGCCGCACCAGCGAAAAUUUGCAAACCCCAUUGUCAAAUUUCUUCAACAAUAUUCUAGUUGACGGACCCCGUUCCCCAAACUCUUCGGAGCUCAGGGAGCACGUGUACACGCUCAUCUACGAAGUGCACAAGCUGAGCCCGUCUUUGUUGCUCAAUGUGCUUCCGAACGUGUGUCUGCAACUGCAAGUGGACGAGGUGGCAACUCGCUCGGACGCGAUCGCUCUGAUGGGGAAGAUCUUCGCGUCGUCGCAGGCCGAGUACGGCCACCACCAGUACAUGAAGAACUUCCGCGACUUUCUGGGUCGAUUCCGCGAUGCCAGCAAGGAGAUCCGCCUGCAAAUGAUUCAAGCCAGUGUGGCGAUCUGGACGCAGCAGCCAGACCUGGCGGAUCUACUGGAGAGGGAGUUCAUCCUGCGGCUAAGCGACGUGGAGUGGGAAGUGCGGCAGCUUGUGGUGCACGAACUGUGCGACUUUGCAGCGAAUCACCUGGACCUCAUCAGCGAGGAGUGUCUCCGAGCAGUGGGCGAGCGCAUGAAGGACAAGAGAGUCGUGCUGAGGAAGGAAACCAUGACGGGGCUGAGUCAGGUCUUCAGCGCGCACAUUUCGUCGUACUGGGGCGACGAGGACGAGCGAGUUCUGUCGCUGACGCAGCGCCAUAUCCCGACGGGAAACAUCAAGAAGCUCGGCUGGAUCCCGGACUUUGUGCUGAAAUGCUACGCGUACCCGCAGCAAGAGCUGAAGCUCCGUGUGGUUCAACUGCUGGACGACUUUCUGCUGCCCAAGGCGCUGUCCGAAGCCACGCGAGCGAACGGACUGCUGUUCCUCUUCCACUCGCUCGAUGCCACGUCGAGAGAAGCUCUGCGUCGAGUCUUAAGUGAACGCGCCAAGUGCCAGCAAGUCUGUCGGACGUUCGUCGAGUUCAAAGUUACGAGUCGACACAAAGGACGGGCCUCUGGAGGCGACGAAGCAGCUCUGGAGCAGGCGAAGCAACAGCUGUGCGACGGACUGGCUCCUCUGUUCUCGGAUGUCUCUAAACUGGACAAACUAGUGGAGCAGCUGUCCACGUGGAAGGAUCACAGCGCGUUCAAGCACUUGGGCGACUUGUGCGACUUCUCCAAGACGCAACGAGAAGCUCGCGAGGCGAGGGAUCAGCUGGUGCGCUGUGUUGGGUCCAAGACGCCGUUGGGCGAGUUCCUCAAGAAGCUCUGCCGCAAGCUGUCGCUGCUGACGAUGAGUCAGAAGUCCGUUGCUGUCUUGUUGGAGUUUUUGGUGCUGAAAGAGGCUCGAGUGGCGAGGGAGAACCGCAGUGUUGUGGACUUGCUGGUGAUGGCGUCAGGAGAGCUGCCCGAACUGUUCGCGCCAUUUGUCCGCGACGAGAUAGCGGCAGUUCUAGUUGACAGCAAGGGGGAUGUAUCCGGCGAAGAAGACGAGGACGAGACGGCGCCGAAGGACCCGCGCGUGAUCCUUGGAGCGCUGCACGUGCUGGCCAAUUACUCGCGUCAUUGGGCGGCUACCAGUGGUCCAGGAGACGACGAAGACCGCAACACGCCGUCUGCAGAGCUAUCACAGCAGCUCGAGAACUUUUGUCUUGGGGACAGCGACGUGGAAGCGCAGAACUUUAACGCGGCCAAGGAAAGUCGAGCAGCCGAGUUGGCAGCGUAUGCCAUCGCGCACUUUUACGAGCGAGCAGAGACGACAGCGCAACUUGUCGGCAGGCUGUGCUCCAAGACGAAACCCAAGUCGGGAGCGUUGCCGGCGUUGCAGAGUCUCGAGGUCUUGACGAAGCACUGCAGCCACGUGUUGACAGAGGACGGCGAGCUGUUCUCCUGCCUGUGGACGAACUUAGUCGACGAUGUGAUCGGGAAGGGCGACCAAGUGUCGACGUCAGGCUCAUCGGCGGCCAAAGACCGGACACCGAAGGGCAGUAGGUCGACAGCUGCGAAGCUCGUGGAAGUGCGCUGCGCAGCCGUCAAAGUGGCGGUGAACCUGCUCGUGUAUUGCUGGUCUCCUGCCUUCCAGCAAGAAGCCUCGACGCUGAUCCAGCUGCUGUUUGGCGUCUUACACUCGGACGGGAAGACGUUCGCUUCGACUCCUGCGCAGACGGCUGCGCUCCGAGCUACGGCGUCGUGUGGCUUGAUGAAGAUCGUGCGCAAUCGACAGCUAGAAGCCUCGCUCUCUCUGUCUGAGUGGCAUACACUGGGCUGGACGCUUCAAGACUCGAGCGAGGAUGUUCGUCGCAAGUUCCUGAAAAAGCUGACGUCGCACUUAGUGAAGCACCUCGGUCAGCACCCGCACAAGUACCUCAGCUACUUGGCGCUGGCGGCCACAGAUGCCAGCCCCAGUGUGAAGAAAAGCGCCAAAAGUUUACUCAAGUUGGCGGUAGAACGCAUGCGCCACUUGUUCGACGCCGCGUCGUCUCGAGACUCAACGUCAAACCCUGGACGGAUGGCGGCUCUGAUGGUGCCGGAGUACGCGUUGCCCUACGUCAUCCACCUCCUGGCCCACCAUCCUUCCUUCCCAGUGAAGCUGGUGGAGAGAACGUCGACUGUUGAGGUGCUAUCCAGCGCUCUGUGGGCCGAUCAGUUGGCCUACCUGAGCUUCUUCCUCGACGGAUUGGUGGCGACGAACGCAGCGGCGGCAGACAAUAUCGCGUUCCUGCUGCAGAUGCUGACCAAACUCUCGCAGUGUCACGACGUGGCAGCCCCCAGCGACAUCAAUAUCUACCCUCUCAUCGACAGCGCGGCGGUGCUACUCAAGAAGAGGAUCAAGAGUCAGUCCAACUUGAAGCCGUUCCCAGGCAAGAUUUUCCUGCCCAAGCAUCUCUACAGUCCCGGGAGACCGAGCACACUCGCGACGCCCGGUGGGAGGAAAGAACCGGAAGCGCCAGAGUCGCUGGGGACGCAUACGGCAUCCCCUCACUGA